AUGCGGAUAGGCUCUUUUGUGAGCGCAGUCUCGCUCCUCCUCGUCGUACACGAAGCAACAGCAUUCAAGGCCCACGACUUCAAAACAUGCAGCCAGUCCGGGUUCUGUCGACGUGGUCGCGCGUUGUCUGCGCGUGCUAAGGAUGCAGGGUCGUCCUGGAAAUCACCCUACUCUGUCGACCCAAGUACCAUCUCCGUCGUAGACGGUGAAGCCGUGUUCAAAGCCGGUGUCAAGUCCUCGCUGUACCCCGAAAUCAAUUUCGGACUCGAGGUUCGCAUUCAAGAAGAUGGUGUUGUGCGGGCUAGGAUGGACGAAGUUGGUGGAUUGAGGAAGAGAUACGAUGAGGCGGCUUCCUGGGCGCUCAUUGCUGAACCUAAAAUCAGCAAGGAUAUUCGGUGGACGGUUGGGAAGAUGGAUAUUCGGGCCAAAUAUGGCCCCAAGAAGGACGUCGAGGUUGUUGUCGACUUUGAGCCCCUCAAGCUCACUGUGUAUAGGGGAGGUAAAGAACAAGUCGUCGUCAACGGCCAAGGAUUGUUCCACAUGGAGCACUUCCGCAACAAGGCCGAGCCCGCCGCCAUUGAGAGCUCGUCUUCAGACGAUGCUCAGCCUACCGAUGAAGCCCAAGCUGUCCUCGAGCCACCAGUUAACCCUCGCGCGUGGUUCGAGGGAGACCAGGAAGAUGCUUUGUGGGAGGAAACCUUUGGAACCUGGACCGAUACGAAGCCUAAAGGUCCGGAGUCGCUGUCCGUCGAUAUCUCUUUCCCCAACCACCCAGUGGUCUAUGGUAUUCCCCAGCACGCGACCGACAUGGCUCUCCCGACUACUACCGGAGAGAACGCGCAUUUCAGCGACCCCUACCGUCUCUACAACGCCGACGUCUUCGAGUACCUGGCGUCCUCACCAGUGUCUCUCUACGGUUCCAUCCCCCUCAUGCACGCCCACUCCAAAGAUACCACUGUGGCCGUCUUCCACGUCGUCGCGUCAGAGACGUGGAUCGACGUGUCCCAUGCUUCGGAUAAAUCGACGGAAACCCAUUGGAUCUCCGAGUCCGGAAUUCUCGACCUCUUUAUCCUCCCCGGUCCCACUCCUGAGGAAGUCUUCGCUCAGUAUGCCCGUCUCACUGGAACCCCUGUUCUCCCCGCUCAGUGGAGCUUGGGUUAUCACCAGUGCCGAUGGAACUAUGUGAGCUCAGAGGAUAUUCGAACUGUUCAGAAGCGAUUCGACGAGGAGAACAUCCCCGUCGAUGUCCUCUGGCUCGAUAUUGAAUACUCUGAAGGCCACAAGUACUUCAUGUGGAAUGACAAGACCUUCCCCGAUCCCGUUGAGAUGAUCAACGAUGUUGCUGCCGCCGGCCGCAAGAUGGUUGUCAUUGUCGACCCUCAUCUCAAGCGUGAGCAGGGCUACCCCGUCUUCAAGAAGGCUUCUGAGCUCGAGGUCCUUGUCAAGCCAAAGAGCGGCCAAGGCGAGUACGAAGGAUGGUGCUGGCCUGGAAGCAGCUCUUGGGUCGAUUUCUUCAACCCCAAGUCUUGGGAUUGGUGGAAGUCUUUGUUCAAGCCUUACCAGCUUCCCAGCGGUGAAUGGUCCUGGACCAAGAGCACUGAAGCUGUUCACAUCUGGAACGACAUGAACGAGCCCUCUGUUUUCAAUGGACCUGAAAUCACCAUGCCCAAGGACAACAUCCACCAUGGAGGUUGGGAGCAUCGUGACAUUCACAACAUCAACGGCAUGCUCUUCUCCAACCUUACCUGGCAAGCCGUCGCUGAGCGCUCUGACCCGCCCAAGCGACCCUUCGUCCUCACCCGCUCCUUCUAUGCCGGCUCUCAACGCUUCGGUGCUAUGUGGACCGGAGACAACCUUGGAACUUGGGAGCACAUGACCGUCGGUGUCAAGAUGGUUCUGGCGAACGGUCUUGGUGGCCUCAGCUUCGGUGGAUCUGACGUUGGCGGUUUCUUCGGCAACCCUGAGCCCGAGAUGCUGACGCGAUGGUACCAAGUUGGAGCAUUCGCGCCAUUCUUCAGAGCGCACGCCCACAUCGACACCAAACGACGUGAGCCUUACUUGUUGGAGGACCCAUACAAGGGCAUCGUCUACGAGACUCUCCGUCUCCGCUAUACCAUGUUGCCCAUUUGGUACACUGCUUUCCGGGAGACUACCGUUACUGGCGUUCCUAUCCUCAGGCCUCAAUACAUCAUGUUCCCCAAGGACGAGUACGGCUUCAAGAUCGACGACCAAUACUAUAUCGGCAGCUCUGGUUUGCUUGUCAAACCCGUUACCCAGAAGGGCGUCACCGAAACUCUCGUCUACCUCGCCGAGGACCAAGUCUACUAUGGCUACUUCAGCCACCACGCCUUCCGCGGUAACCGCCAGGGUCGCUUCGUCGUCGUCCCAUCCGCUUUGAACCAAAUUCCCCUCCUCAUCCGCGGUGGAUCCAUCGUCCCCACCCGCGAACGCCGUCGCCGUGCCUCCACUCUCAUGGCUCAGGACCCCUUCACUCUCCGUGUCGCACUCAGCAACACCAACUCCGCCCGAGGUGACCUCUACCUCGAUGACGGCGAAACCUGGUCCCACGAGAAGGGUCAAUUCGUCUGGCGCGAGUUCAUCGCCUCCAAGAAGGGCAAAGGCAUCGAAAUCGCAAGCACUGAUCUCGGUUCGAAGAAACCCGCGGAAGCGGUUGACGGUGUUGACCUUGCUUCUGUGUACAACCCCGAGAACGAGUACGCGAAGAGUAUCGAGGAUGUCAGGGUUGAGAGGGUUAUUGUGAUUGGGUUGAAGAACAAGCCUAAGAGUGUCAAGGUUGCUGGCAAGGAGGUUGGUGAGGAUACAUGGGAGUUUGUGCCUGGCGUGGCGAGCACGGAUAAGGCAGAGGAGAGGGCGGCCACCCUCAUCAUCAAGAAUCCUGACGUGAAGAUUGCGCAGGAUUGGAAUAUCUCGAUCGUGUAAACAAUGGACCUUAGGCCUUGAUGCUUGAAUGUUUGAUUGGCCCAUAUGUCGUUGGAUACAUUUAGAACUAAUACAACAGAAACUAU